AUUAUAAAUUGCUAAACGAGAGGUUGUCUAGCAUGGUGGUGGUACCCACACGACGCGAUAAAUAUAUCGCACGUCUAACAGCAAAUGGUUUAAAUAGUCUUAAAUAAAGUCCUUGUAUUCCCAUCAUGAUGUCAAGUUUUUGAUUUAAAAAUAUUUUAUCUUUUCCCAAUAAUUUCUAUACGUCAAUUCAACAUAACCUUUUGAUUUGACGUUCUUUCUUCAAUCACCUCGUUCGAAACUUUUAAAGACAAAUCUUAACAGGAAGUUGCUAAUAUUUUUAGCAAUCAAUUUUUUGCACCUCCUCCUCUUCUUAAAAGUGUUUGUGAACAUGGAAUCUUUAUUUGAGUUAGAUUUUCAGCAGUUUUGUAUGACGUUUGCAACGAGGAGGAUGGCAUUGUCGCCAUCAGUAAAAAAUUAAUUGGAUUAAAUUGGUCUGAAAAGUUGUCCUUCUUGCUGAUACAUAAAAUUGCAGGGAUAUUUUAGUGGCAAAAAAUUAGAUGGAGAAAAACAGUCUCGUUUAAAUUGCAUAUCAUAUCAUAAUCCUCCGAAUUAAGUGAGCUAUUUAUUUAUUCCAUAAGAAUUUGCGAGUGUGCGUGCAACUAAAUCAGUAGUGUAUAUAUUUCAGUGAAGAUAAUCCAUAUACAUAAAUAUGUGUAAAAUAUAUGUAAAAUUAAGGAAAUCCUCAUUCAUGUUUCUGACCACAAAUUAGAGAAUUAGUAAUACAUAUUGCUGCUGAAUUGUUCUAACGCACACUCAUGGGAAUAUCCCAAAAUAUGCAGCUUAUUUAGGGAAAUGUCAAUACGUUAUACGUCAAUAUUUGUAAUUUCUACUAAUAUUACUACAUGAUUCGAUAGUAUUGAUUACCCUGUUAAACAAUGUACAUGUGACUAAAACGGUACAAUAAGGCCAGUUAUAGUGUUCCAUGACGUGAAUAUUCAUUAAAAACGCACAAAACUUACACAUCAUAAUGAUGCUGCUACAACGAGGAACAUUUUUUGGGAUGAGAUUGUUCACUAUUCUUCAGUUUUUGAUAGUUACGCAAACUGCAUCAGUCACCCUCCCGGAUAACUAUGACCCCAACAUUCGCCCAAAUAAUGGUGGGGUUGCGGACGUAAUUAGCGUCUCUGUGGGCAGCAUUACGAUUCAAGAAGUGGACGAAUCUUUGCAAAAGAUCUCAGUGGAAUGUAUCCUCCACACAUUUUGGGAUGAUAAGCGAUUAUCCAACUUGGUCGAGAGGACGUCAGUGUAUGCCGAAAAACUUCCAAACGUUUGGACCCCCACAUUGUCAAUCGUGAACAGUGCAGAAAUGCCAAUCCGGAGUAACAAGGCGUUGUCCUUGAAAUCUGAUGGAACUGUAGAUUACGCGGAACGAGUGUCUGCAAAGAUAAGCUGUCAAAUGUCCAUGAUGAGAUACCCGUUUGGGAAACAACAUUGCAAACUGGAACUAGUUUCAUAUGGAUACUCAUCAAUUCACCUAAUUUUGCUCUGGAAUGGGAUAAUUCCUCUGCAGAAUAUUAAAACAUUUGACCCCAAAUACUCCAUAUCUCAUGUGGAACAAACUUCCGAACGACAUAAAACUCCUGCUGGAGAAUUUUCACACAUUAUUGUCGAAAUUUCUUUAAAUCGUUCUCCCUUCCGUUUAAUUUUGCAAGCCUUGUUACCAACAUUCUUCUUUGCAGCUCUGUCCUAUUUUAUCACAUUUUGCAUGGGAAGAAGUUGUACGAGUCGUCAUAAUAAUAAUAAUAAUCAGGAAAAAUGUGCCAAGACAAGUUUAGAGGAAGAAGGACCCGAAUCCGAAGUUAAAGAAGAUGAGAAAUUACAAAUCUCACAAAAUUCCUUCUCAUUCGCAUCCUACAUCGGACUCGAUUUCAUUAAACUCGUUGUGAACGUGUUUAUCCUUUUAAUUGUAAUAAUACUGCAACAAAUCAACGCUGUGACUAUUCCGACGCUUACUGCGCUGGACGUUUGGGUGGGGUUCAUGUGCGUCACCGUUUUUGUGUGCUUCGUGGUCACAUUGCAAUUUUGUGUCAAAAAGUGGCAAUAUUUUCUGCGAGAAAUGCCUAUAAGCCAAACUGAUAAGGAUACGUCCGCUUUGGUGCAGAAAAUUAUCAACAUUUUGCGAAUCUCGAUUCCUGUUUUAUUCAUCGUAUUUUUAAUUGCCUUUCUUGGGUUUUGUUUAUCAUAAUAAAAAACGAUUUUAUUAUCUGAUGUUUUCAAAGUAUGGCCAUAUUCUGUUUUGUAUUAGGUAUGUGUUCACAUUGGAUGUGACCUUUGUUUCGUGAGUUAAAAAUCUGUUUUAAUUUGAUAUAAUACAAUUACAUAUAAGUAAAUGUGCAAUGUGUAACAUGGUUUUGAGCUUUGUAUGGUAAGGUGUCACUUUGGGUACAUAGAAUCUAAUCGUAAGAAUAAUGUGUGUUCACAUACCAUAAACGAAACGAAUUUUUCUCUAUAAUUUUGCAUGUACAGUGUUCACCAGAGUACGAAUUAUACAAUAAACACUCGAAUAGA